AUGAUGGAUACGGAAAGCAUAACCUACGAGAUCCAAACCCUCAAGGUAGCUAAGAAUGCCACGGCCGGAGCGCCACCUAGCAUUGCUGAGACAAGCUUGACGGAUGAAGACGGGAAGAGCCUUGUCAGCCUGCAAAGCGAGAGUGGGGUGCACGCAAGUCAGAUUGCGCUUCCUUCUCCAACAGCCGUUGCAGGUUCGACCGCGAAUGAAGGGGCCCCUCAAGAUGGCGGCGCGCAGGCGCAAAAGUCGAAAAAGACGAAGAGGCAACUGUGGGAUGACUUGACAAUUAGCUCCGUAUCGAGGGCUUUCACGCUUAUCUACACUGUCGCCCUCCUCACCAUGCUUACUCGAGUCCAACUGAACCUCCUCGGCCGCCGAAGCUACCUCUCGAGCGUCGUCAGCCUCGCUACUGGUUCCGCGCAAGCCACCAUCUCGCUCGAGGACAAUGAUGAGAUCAACCCUGACCAGGUCUAUGGCUCCGACUUCGAAAUGAACCGCAAAUACCUUACCUUUAGCUGGUGGCUCCUCAACAAGGGCUGGAUCGGGAUUAUGCAUCGUGUCGAAGCUGCUGUUAAGGAGGCUUUUGGUCAUCUCAGCCCCCGUGACAACAUGACUUUUGACACUUUCUCCGAAUUGACUCUCAAGGUGCGCAAGAUUGUUGAAGGCGCCACCCCGGAAGAGAGGCUUCUAGAUGAGACCGCCGAUCUUGUCGAGUCCCCUUCAUUUUCGCACGUCCUUACCCUCCUCCUCGACUCUGGAUUCUCUUAUCUCGUCGACGAGAAGGUGGCUACUCUUGCUUUCGAACAGAGCAACCCCACCGUCACCUCCACCAUCGUCACCAGCGACUCUGAGCUUUCGCCCAAGAAGGCCAUCCUCCUUCCCAAGAUCCUUUCCGUUCUCACCCGUCAAGCCCACGUCAUCGGUAACGGGAUGCCCAACGAGUACCUGCGCGAGAUGGAGCAGGUGGCUGAUUUGGAGGCUUUUGCCGCUGUUGUGUACUCGAGCAACUGGGAGAAUGAGAUUAUUGAGGAUGGCGUGUUUGCGGAGCCCGCCGCCAAGGCUAUGGAUGAGCCCAUUGCCGCAGAGACGACGGUCGAGCAGAGCAUAGUGAUGGUUGAGUCUCAAGCCUCUCUUGAGAGCGCCUGGGAGAAGGCAUCAUUUUCCCUCCUGCUAUAUGUACUAGCAUGA